CUGGAAUAUGGAAGACAAUGGAGCGACUAGUUCUAGAAUUGGCGCAGGGAUUCUUAGUGGCUGGCCUACUCUAUCGGCUUCCAUUUUUUUCUAUCCUCCUCCUAACUUAAUUCCAUGACACUCUCACAUCGACCUUCAACUUCUCAGUAUAAUAAUCCAUCAAUAGAAAACCCCAGAAUCAUUUAGACUCAGAAAGUCUGUCGAUUCAAACAAGACGCAUCAUAUAGUGAGAGUUCCGUGCUUUAAUACACUCAUAAAGCACUCUCCCUCAACGAGUGAAGCCAUAACCACUCGGCCACAUUAUGCUCAAGCGGCUCCCACGCCUUACAAUCACUCGUCUAUACAACACUACAUUUGCACCUCGCUUCUCCAGUACAAUGUCCAGCAACGAUCAGCAAACGCAGACAGGGUCCAGCGAAGCUAAGGACACCAACAAGACACCACUUCCUCUUCCAGCCCCAGAACACGCCGCCGCAGACCAGGGCGAUGACGUGACGUCUCUUCGUGUGGGCGAGUCUGUUAAGCUCGACGCCAUGGGCCCGCUCGUUGUAAACACAGAUGGAACUAUGGGUAGGAUUGGAAACUGGGCGGGUAUGACUGAGCAUGAGAGGGCGCAGACGUUGAGAUUGUUGGGAAAGAGGAAUAAGGAGAGGAUGGAUGUUCUCAAGGCUAAGAAAGCGGAGGAGGAGCAAAAGUCAGGCACCAAUGCCGAGAAAUGAGGGUGAUUUAAUGCUACGAGGAAUGAUAGAAGCCCUCGGAUGUUCGGAUGAUGCGAUGAGGAAACUGGAAAUUAGAUGCAAUGGAUGAUAUUACGACUCAUCUCACAGACACAGAAUAG